UCAAAAUCCGUCAAGGAAUGUUUAUUAUUAAAAAUCUAUUUUUAGCGUUAAAUUUCCAAUGAAACGACUCUGUGUUAACAACAUUAAUAAAAAUAAAGUUAGACGCAUUUGAAACGCCGCGACGCCUUUUCAUAUUGAAAAAUCGAUAAUAAAUUUCUAUUUUAAAUUUAAAACUCCCUUAUAUUGUGCAGCCGAUUUUAUGUAAGACCAACAAACAAAAUCCACCCCUAGUUAUGUUAAUCUUUUCCUUCGGCCACCACCGCCCUUCUGACAUUUGUUUACUGUACACCCAGGCACAAAAAUUUAUUCAACAAUCGACUCAUUUUCAAAACCGCUUCGCCGUUCCGUUUUAGUUUUAUUUUCUACCUAAUUCGGACUUGUUUUAUUUUUCGCGUGUGUCGUGCGGAGGCCCUGAAACUGACUUCUUCUUUGUUUGUCCGGUUUUUUUCGAUUUUGUUUUAGCAGUCCCGGUCUUAAUGUGUGUAAAUGUUUAUACCCCCGACUGUACCGAAGCCGGCACAAAUUGCAAAUGGCGGGGAUCUAUAUAUAAAUAUUAUAUUUAGAUUUGUUGCAACAUUUUUAGUUUUAAACGGUAAAAAUUGAAAGUUUCUCGGAUAUUUUUUUGUUCAAGUGUUAAUGAACUUAGUUUUUUUACCAAAAAAAAAAAGGUUUGGCAAAUUUAUUAGACUUCCAACCCAACCACCCCAACAAGGAUAUUUUAUUUGAUGUUGAAGCUAAUUUAGGCUGACUAGUGAAAGAAAUAAUAUUUUACAAAAAUGGUUACUCCACCGCCCCAACAAUUUUGUGUUAGGUGGAACAGUUACCAAUCCAAUCUCCAAAACGCUUUCCCUAAACUGCUCACAUCCGAGCAUUUCGUCGAUGUAACGUUGGCCUGCGAAAACGAAAUGCUCAAAUGUCACAAAGUGGUUUUGUCAGCGUGUUCGACGUAUUUCGAAAAACUUCUUUUGGACAAUCCUUGUCAGCAUCCUAUUAUUUUUAUGAAAGAUAUGAAAUUCCAGGAAAUGCAGUCUCUAGUCGACUUCAUGUAUAAAGGAGAAGUGAAUGUAACCCAAGACGAUCUUCCAUCUCUACUAAAAUCCGCUGAAGCCCUUCAAAUACGAGGUUUAUGCGGAUCUGAUCAAUUAUUAAAUCCUUCGUAUUUUGGAAAUGUUGUCAAAAACCCUGCUGCUGGACAAAAUGCAUCUACAACAACUACACUGACUAAGCCAGCACCUCCACCGAGUCCAAUUUCAACAACUACAACAAAAGACAGUCAACCACAACCACUUCCAUGUCAAGUAAUUAUGCCCAAAAAUGAAGCAGUUGUCAACAAAGAAAUCGUUAAUGUAACAGCCGAUGUGGUUUCUGAGUGUGGCGGAGCCCCAUCUAGCUCUGAUUGUGAUAGUAAUGACGGAAUGUUGCAAAUAAAAGAGGAAAUGGAUGAUGGCGAAGGCAGUUAUUUCGAAGGGGACGGUGAAUCGUUAAUGGAUCAAGAGCUAACAGAAGAAGAGGGACCUGUAAAUACUGGAGACCUUUCACGUACUCCCGAAUCGUUUGCUAUUGCCAACGUUUCGUGUCAUUAUGAUGGAUCGCCAAGUGGAAAUAAUAUGAGUUUGAGUUCAGUAAAUAAGAGAAUCCGAAGGUCCGAUGAAGAACUGAGAAGAGCAGCUGAGUGUAUAACAAGAGGCCAAACUUUCCAAACAGUAUCAGAUCAGUUCGGCAUACCCAUAUCAACUAUUCGAUUCUACAUGGCACGAAAGGGUAUUCUUCCACGACGCAAACGAGGUAGAUCAUGCGCCCCAUCGAUGGGUGGCAUGAGCGCAUCUAUACCAGUAAACGCGUCUUCGUACACAUCACCCGGGAGCCCUAUAGGACCGCCCUACCACAUCGUGCACUACAAACUGCCCCAGUUGGGCGUGCAAAAACUGAAAUAGGGCUACGUCAUCCUGAAAAUGGACAAGUCGUAAUGAUCAUCUUUCAUUAUCAAAAAUGGUCUCUUUAGUUUUAAAGUUGAUCAUAAGAUAAGUAAGAUUAAAAAAGACAUAUAAGUAUAGGCUGACGAAAGAUGAGUUUUUGUUUAUUUAAAUUUGUUUUUGUUUGAGAAAUUUGGUGCCAUAUUUUUGUCAAAAUUAUUUUUUUUUUUUUUACAUAAAACUUGCCCCAGUGUGUUUUUUUUGUGUUGUAAAUAUUAUUUAGUAGUAUUAAGUGCAAGGAUCUCUUUUUUGAUACCCAUGUUUUAUUGACUGGGUUAAACAUGUCCUUUAAGUAUUAUUUUUUUUUUUGUUUAAUUUGUAGUUUUUUUUUUGUAUAAGUGUUAUAAUUUUUAGCAUCAUUUUUUGUCUCAUUGCUUUUUUUUGCCAGUUAGGAACUUUUUACAAUGAUUUUUUUACAAACAUAAAAGGAAAAAAUAAACUAGAACUUUUUUUGGAAUUAUCACAAGCUCUCUUGAAGCCUAUAAUAAAUAAUAUCUUCCACUGGUAAAUAUUUUGUAUUAGUUAUAGUGAGUUGUAAGUAUUUAAUCUAGAGAGUGAAAAGAAAAUGAUGUUGUCGGAAAGUAGUGAAGAAAAUUUAUCCACAUUAAAGUAUACCAAUGAGAUUUACUCUACUUGAAAAAAGUACUGAAAUAUUUGUACAAAAAUAAUAAUUAAUCUCAGCAGCAGCUUUGGAAACCGGUACUAGUCUAUUUUGUAAGAUUUUUUUGUGCAUUUUAAUGCGAUUUUAGUUUGUAUAUGUAUUCCUGCUGCCAUUCGAACACAUGUUUAGGCCUGUUUUAACCAUAAAAAUUUUUUAGUAACUAGUUUUUUUUAGUAAAUUAUUGCUCAAUUUAUUUAUAUUUAGUUUUUUCUAGUAAAGAUAGUAACAAAAGCUUCCAUUUAGCUGUUAUAAAACACUUAAAUGUCGCCCUAGCUAAGAAUUAUUUAUUUUGCACCAUUCAUAUCCAUAUCUAGUGCUACUACUCAUUAUAUUCAUCAAAAAAACAUCACACAGAGACUAGUCAAAAGGGUCUAUCAAGACUGAUAUUUAUUUUUGUCAUAUUUAUCAUUAUACUCAUUUUCAUUGGUCAGGUUUGUUUAUUUCGUCUUCGUUUCUUUAUUUGCAGUAGGAUUUGACAAUUUGGAGUGCUAAAUAAAGCAUUAUCAGUGGGAACUAAUGUAUAUCGAGGUGUAAUUUUAUUUCGAGACUGUCAAAUUUCAAAUUAAAUCAAGGAAGCAGGUGCAGUAAACAAACUCAUUAAAAAAAGACUUAAAAACAUCGGACUGAUUUUUAUUUGAGUGGCAGCAUUCGUAAUCCUCUAAUUUAAGCAAUAUUUAUUAAUUUUUUUUUCACCAUAGAUAUAGUGAUGUAGUUCUUAUUUCAAACAAGAAUUAGAAAUUAGUAGAGCCAAAUCAGCUUCAAAACGAUUUGCAAAUUGUAUUUUGAAUACUAGUCUAAGAGUUAGUGAACAUUUUUUUUUUUAUAUUGUGGAGCCAAAACAGAAAUCUUCAAAAUUUAAUCAUCAAUUUUCGAAUAUGUAAGCCUUGGUUCUGUGAUACAAACAAAGAAUCAGCUCCGACUAAUAUGUGAUUGGUUUCCAUUCAAUUUUUGUGACUCACCAAUAAAAUAAAAUAUGCUUUAUGGUACAGUGAAAUAGAAAGAAACUUUUUACCAGAGAUGAUAAUAUCAAAUAAUGAAAUAGAAAUAGAGAAUUUAUUUUUCUAGCCCUCUAAUAAAUAAUAUAAUAGUUAUUCGAUAAUCAUAUUGACAGAGUUACAUUUGAAAUUGUUGGAUGUAGAUCAUUAACAACUACCGCUUAAAAUGUAUUUUGGGUACUAGACUGCAAUAUUUAAAAUUCAAUUCAAUGUAAUUCUGUAAAUGAGUUAUCCAUCAAUAAAAUGUUAUUUGUUUAUAGAAAAAAACCGCACUCACCUCAAUACAAAAUAAAAUAAUAGUAUCAAUACUUAAUGAUUUUUUAAAACAAUUAACACAAAAACCAAAUUCAAGAAAAUAAAUAGUUACAAAUACAGUGUAAUUUGUAAAAUUGCUCUAUUUAUUUAUUAUUAUUUUUUGCAAAAUACAAUAAAAAUCUUAAGUAUAAGAAUGUAAAAUUAAUAAUAAAAAAUUGACACUAGUUUUUAGGUGCAACCAGAGAUAUUUUACUGUAAUAAAGAUAUGAGAAAAAAAUACAAUCGCAGUAUAUUAUGAAAAUAAUAAAAUAGAAUUUUAGAUGAUAAUAUACACAUUGGUAUUUAGUUAUGUAAGUUAUCUAUGAUAAGAUUUUGUAGUAACUUUUUUGCUUUUAUUUUAUUAGAGAUUCAGUAGAAAAAAAAAAUGGACGUUUUUGCAAUAUAAUUUUCCAAAAAAAGAAAAAACGCUCUCCCAUGUUGUAUGUACUUAGCAAAUUAAAGUCUGUUCCAAGACAAUUCAAUUCAUUGAAGUUAUCUUAGGCAGACGGUAUUAAUAAUAUUAUAUUUGUGUGUUUGUAUUUAUGUUUUUUUUUUUUAAACUUAUUUAUUUAUUUAUUCGUCCAUUUUUGUCAGCUCUUUUUUUGCAUUAAUUAUUAAUAAUUUGUUUGCCAGUACCUAUAGUGUAAAGUAAACAUACAUAAUAUUUAUAUGUUAUUGUAAAAGUGCCAUUCAAUAUAUAUUUUUCUAGAUUACAUAGAAAACGGCUUAUGUCAUGUGAGAUUUAGACACUGAUGUAUACAGUAUUCGGUAUUUGAAAUAUACAAAU